UCUUCGAUAAAUGUUUUAGCUACAUUUCACUGAAGACCAACUUGAGCCGCGCAUAUUACAAGAACUUGGAAAGAAAAAAGCUGAGGCCCAACGCAGUUCCAACAAUUUUCUCCCACCGACCUGUCGCGACGCACAGGAAGCCCCCUCGACAGCGGUAUGAACCUCGAUCUGACAGUAUGCGAGGAUGAGGACAGUGCGAGACGAGCGGAUCGCCAGGAUGACGCAAGUAGUCAGGCUGCUGGCAGCGACGGUAAUCUUACCGGCCGUCCACAACGCUUCUAUCCAUCGUUCCCCGAAGGAGAGCCAUCGCCACAUGACCUGCGACUGGACGCAAAGCGGCCUAUCGCAGUCUCCCGAAGACGUGCUUCCUGUGUACCUGAGCUCGUGCGAUUCUGGGACGGUCCGCUGGAGCUACCCUCGCGGGGCCCUACGCAUCGUGAUACAGGGCCCACCAGCGCAGCGAGAGUUCCAAGCCUGCUUCCGGGUAGCAGCUGACAGCUCUGGUGCGCUGGUGUAUGCGGAGACCGCUCAGGGUGGCCUCGUUCCGGGACCUGGCGUACGGGCCAAGUGCGUCCUCUCCAACCGAGGCUCGGCGGUCGUCUACGCGGUGGCCUCGGCUGCUCGAGCGGGAAAAAGAGCUAAGCUGACCUUGACGUACACCACAAGCCAGCCCGUAGCGUCGUUCGAGAGGCUCGAAGGAUGGGAAGACUGCCGCCCCUGCACGGAAACAGAGCUACGCGAAAGUUACUGCCUUAGCGAUUUAGUUGCAGAAGCUACAGUGCGGAAUGCAACGCUCCACUCAGACCAGCAGAGCAUCUACUGGUGGUUGUCCGUCACAGAAACCCACCGUGGACGCAUGCCCGACUACGUUACAAGGCCUGCAAGGUGCGGCUUUCCUCGGGACACGCAAGAGCCGCGUCUAAUACUCGCCAGGUGGCACCUGGGUCGCCCGAUUGUCACGUGUGCCCCGAAACUGCUACAGUGGAAGAGACUCAUGGUGCAGGACAAGGUGCAGUGCAAUUAUGGAACCAACGAUUCUAGUGAUGCGGUCAGGUGACGAUGUGAGCAACCGCUCUCACUGUGGACACCACACGGCCAGCUCAAUGUACUGUUUGUGGAGUAUGGCCGUGUUCACAAGCCGAUAUCUGUGAUGUCAACAACCACGACGGCGUCGUCGCCCUGGAAAUGAAGCUUCGCAGCCAUUGCAGCUUUAAGUUGCCUUUCCACUCACCUCAUCUUCUAGUCAUCAGGGGAAACUCUACA